GGAGGUGGCUACCUAGAUAUAUUAGAAUAAAAAGACGCGUUUUAUAUAUAGAUCUAAAUAUAUAGUAACGUACAUAGACUAGAAAUGUCUGUUGCGUUUGCUUCGGCUCGCCCCAGAAGUAAAGGGGAGGUGACACAACAAACGAUACAGAAGAUGCUGGAUGAAAAUCAUCAUCUGAUUCAGUGCAUUAUGGACUAUCAGAGUAAGGGGAAAACGGCAGAAUGCACACAGUAUCAGCAACUAUUACACAGAAACCUGGUCUAUUUGGCUACUAUAGCAGACUCUAAUCAAAACAUGCAGUCAUUGUUACCUGCGCCUCCUACUCAAAACAUGAAUAUGGGCCCAGGGGGGAUGGGACAGAGUGGGAGCAGCCAGUCCCUCCACUCCCAGAGCAACCUGAAUGACAGCAUGUCCACUGGGAUGCCACCCACCUCCCUCAUGCAGAGCCAGAUGAGCAAUGGCCCCAACCACGCCUCCAUGCAGCAGUCGGGCCAGACGUCCAUGCCCUCCACAUCCAUGAGCAUGCCGGUCAGCAGCCACGGCUCAGCCGCAGGGUACAGCCACACGGUGUCGUCCUCGCAGGGCGUGCAGAUGCAGAGCCAGGGCCAGUCCAUGGGCAGCUACGCCUCCCGCAGCAACCUCAACAUGCAGUCCAACCAAGUCACAAUGAUGCACCAGCAAGCUGCGACGUCUCAUUACUCCUCAGCUCAAGCGGGGAGCCAGCACUAUCAGGGGCAGCAGUCCAUGGGAAUGCUGGGACAGGGUAACCAAGGCAACAACAUGAUGUCUCAGAGACCCAUGGGAUCCUACCGUCCCUCACAGCAAGGAUCUGCACCGCAGUACAUGGGACAAGACGAGUUCUAUGGAGAGCAGUAUGGACACAGUCAAAGCUCCAGUGAGCCCAUGAACCAGCAGUAUUACCCUGAUGGUCACGGAGACUAUUCAUAUCAGCAGUCCUCUUACAGUGAGCAGAGCUAUGAGAGGUCUUUUGAUGAGUCUUCGCAGCAUUAUUACGAAGGAGGGAAUUCACAGUACAGUCAGCAGCAGACAUCAUAUCAGCAGGGGUCCAGUCAACAGCAGCCCUUCAGCCAGCAACAGUAUCCAGCCCAGCAGAACUACAGUGGGCAGCAGCAAGGAUAUGGGCCAACACAGGGAGGCUCCUCCCAGUACUCCACCUACCAGCAGGGCCAGGGCCAGCAGUACAGCUCCUACCGCUCCUCACAGGCCGCUGCCAGUGGCCAGGCACAGAGGCCCUACACAUAUGAGCAGGGUCAAUAUGGAAACUACCAGCAAUAACGUACUCAGAACUCAACGACUGUUAGGCAGAUGGACAUGAAAAUGGUGCGGUGUCCAUGUUCUUGGUUAUUCCUUUCUCUGCUUUUUGUGCUAAACAUAAAGAAGGGUAACCCAAACAGAUUUCAUUGAACUGUCACUGGCUGUUUGUUUGACUAUGUGAACCUGAUUGUUCAGAGAGGCCACUCAGUGUUAUCCUUUUCUACUGAAGUCGCUCUCAAGAGGAAGCACAAGGGAAGUUUUGUGUAUGUAUAUAUUUUCUGUUCUUCAAUUUUUAAGAUUGUAACUCAAAAACAGAUGUGCUAGUUUGGUUACAGAAAGGAUAGGAACAUAAAAUACCCAGUUUCAGACUGUUUCUGACAUUAACAACUGUAAACCUUGGUUGAAUAAUCCACUGUGUUGACGUAAAAAGUUUUAGGUGGGAGCCUCAUUUUGGUGAGAAGUAAUAAUAUUGCGUAUCAUCUGUUCAUAAUAUGUUACUUAUUUUAACUGUUGGUGUUGGUGUAGGUAUUGUGUACUACUGUGACUCUUUGACAACUCUGAAUCACUACUGUGGCAAAGCACCUCAAACCAACCAACCUGUGUAUUUACAGAGGUUAAAAAAUGCAGAUGGUAAAAUCUAACUCAGUUUUUAAUUCAUCGAGUCCACACACUGAAUCCCCCAUGACAUUGCAGCAUUUUUGCUAGUGCUGCGGUUGAUAUUUUUGCAUGUGCAUAGCUUUGUGUAGCAAUGUUGCUGGGACUAACUCCAGUCAAAUGUUCUCUUAUGCAUUUGUCAGUAUCACUGGUAAGGAAUCGCAAGCUGUGUUCUGUUAUGUUACUCAUGGUUUCUCCUAUGCUGUCGGUUACCUCUGGCCAGCAUGUGUUCUUGUGUAGCAGAGAGUUUGGUCACGCUGAGGUUAAUGUCCCUUCACCCCAGUAGUGUACAGACUCUCAGACAAGGGUGCCAGACAUUUAUUUCUUUUUUAUUAUCAUUAUUUAAUUAUCAUUCAGUUAAG